CACUGUGUGCAGCCCUCUCCUCGAGCUGUGUACUCUGACACACACAGCCUCAACGGUAGCUCCGCUGUCCGCAUUCACUCUGUCACACAUUCACAGCUCUAGAUACAGCAGGGUUCAGACACACUACCGAGCUGCUCCAGACCGCACAACGAAGAAGUAUCCUGUCGAGGAAGGAGAGCAGGUCGGCUGCUGGUGCUUGUUGUUGUUGGAGCAGGAAAAGAGGAUAUUUCAGGUGCUAUAGAGGUGCUUUUCGUGCAGCUACUGUACUCGGCAUCUCACGGAAGACAGACAGACGCGUAUCACUGACCGAGAGUCGAAGAGGAACCGUUUGCUUUCUUCCACAAGAAGAUGGCAUCAAAUGACUCGCGGCUUCAGCAGCAGCCCUCCCAGAAGGAUGCGGCCGACCAGAACUUUGACUACAUGUUCAAGCUGCUGAUCAUCGGCAACAGCAGCGUGGGAAAAACCUCCUUCCUCUUCCGCUACGCAGACGACUCCUACACCUCGGCCUUCGUCAGCACUGUUGGCAUCGACUUCAAGGUCAAGACCGUCUUCCGCAAUGAUAAGAGGAUCAAGCUGCAGAUCUGGGAUACAGCAGGGCAAGAGCGCUACCGUACCAUCACCACAGCCUACUACAGAGGAGCCAUGGGCUUCCUGCUCAUGUAUGACAUCAGCAACCAGGACUCCUUCAACGCAGUUCAGGACUGGGCAACGCAGAUCAAGACGUACUCAUGGGACAAUGCUCAGGUGAUCCUGAUUGGUAACAAGUGUGACCUGGAGGACGACAGGAUCGUACCCCUAGAGGAUGGCCAGAGACUGGCAGAGGAUCUAGGUUUCCAGUUCUUCGAGGCCAGCGCCAAGGACAACAUCAACGUGAAGCAGGUGUUUGAGCGUCUGGUGGACGUCAUCUGUGAGAAGAUGAACGAGAGCAUGGAGGGAGACAUCAACCUCGUGUCCAACCACAGGAACCAGGCCCUUAAAGACUCGCCUUCAGAGAACCACGGGGGCUGUGCUUGCUAAACCGUCUGCCCUCGUACCAGCUCCCCCAACACACACACACACACAUACUGAUACUCAUACAUGAAGACCUUCCUUCUCUGUGCCUCAACCAUGUAAAGUGCUGCAUCUCUUCCUCUCUCUUCACUCCAGCCACACAGCUCAGCACGAAACAAAGGAUAGCUAGCUGAGAUAAUCUUCAUCAGCGCCGUCAGACCCCUCCCCUCUUUCAGUGUUUUACCUUAAAGAGGCCCACUUUCUGUCUCUGUUUCCAGCUCUGUGGUGAGCUGAUAGUCCACUAACGCCUGCCCUGUGUUCUGUCCACCCCCCACGUCAACCGCCUUGACCACCAUAGCAUUUUAAAUUUUACUGUAUGUCAAACAUUUGUUCAGUGGCUUUCAUUUCCUCAGAUAGCUAGAAAGCUAGUGAUGCCAAAUAGUGUCUGUAGAUGGCUGUACUUUUGGCAUUCAUUGUUUUGUUUGAGAUGAAUACAGUACAUGUGCUUAGGUUUCAGUUUUGUACUUGAAAUGAUGAAUGUUUCAAACAAGGGCAUAUUGAGCUUUGUAAGGCUUAAAGGAACAGUUACUCAGUUUUGGGAAAUGCGUUUACUUGCUAUCUUGUUGAGAGUUAGAAGAGAAAAUUGAUACCACUCUCAUGUCUGUAUGCUAAAUAUGAAGCUACUGCCAGCAGCCGGAAAGCUUAGAUUAGCAUGAAGACUUUUUUUGUGUUUCGUAUGGAUAAACAAACAAGACAUAGCAUUUGGAUUUUGGUACCUUUGGACCGAGCCAGGCCAGCUGUUUCCCCCUGUUUGCAGGCUUUAUGCUAA